AUGGCGAUAGUAGAGGGUACAGAGCUCGCGAAGCACAACAGUAGACAAUCUUGCUGGCUUGCCAUCCACGGCGAGGUCUGGGAUGCAACCGACUUUCUCGAACAACAUCCAGGGGGCGCAAACUUGAUUCUCAAGUUAGCCGGCAAAGACGCUUCUGACGAAUAUGAACUCUUUCACAAUCCUGAGCUCGUCCGGGACACUCUUGGAUCUAGUGCAAAGAAGGGCACGAUAGAUAUCUCGACCAUACCAAAGAUGGACAAAAAACCGGAGCCAGAAUCAGAAGCCAANAAGAGUCCGCCCUUGAGCUCUAUGAUCAGCGUCAAUGAUUUCGAAAAUGUAGCAGAAAAGGUUGUCAACACUGUGUCUAGUAUGCCGAUCGAGGAUAUCAUGGAUGCACGGAUCUCUAAGAAUCAGAUCGUUUUCUGGCAGCUAUAUGCGGACAAGGACCUGGAAAAGUCGAAAGCAUUCAUCAAAAGGGUUGAGAGAGCUGGGGUGGCAGCAAUUUGGCUUACUGUUGACUCUCCUGUUAUUGGUAAUCGCGAACGAGACGAACGAUCAAAAUCAGUGGUCGACGUGAGUUCGAUUUCUUUCCAGUCCGCUCAACUUCUGCUGACGAACUCGGCANNGAUAGAGGAAAAACUGGAGGAAGUAGUCGAGACUACACAGAGCGUCGGCAUUGCGAAAGCAAACACCGGCUUCAUUAAUGCUGACCUUGACUGGGACAUGGUCGACUGGCUACGAAAUUCUACCAAACUGCCGAUUGUAAUCAAAGGAAUUCAAUGUGUCGAAGACGCCGUUUCCGCUUUUGAGCAUAAGGUCGAUGGUAUCGUGCUGAGCAACCACGGAGGUAGAUCUCAAGAUACUGCACAACCUCCUAUUCUUACUCUCCUGGAGAUCGACCGGUACGCUCCUCAUAUUCUGGGCAAGCACAUGCAGGUCUUCGUCGAUGGCGGAAUACGACGAGGCACCGACAUCAUCAAGGCAUUAGCCUUAGGUGCAAGCGCAGUGGGCAUCGGAAGACCAGUAUUGCACAGCAUGUCUGGUGGAUAUGGCGAACAUGGUAUUAGACGCAUGAUUCAGAUACUUCGAAACGAGCUGCAAACAAAUAUGGCAUUCAUCGGUGCAAGCCAUGUCGGAGAGAUCGAGCGUAACAUGGUCAACACAAGGAAGUUGGAAAGGAUGAUGGUCGGCUCUGUAAAGCUUUAA